UACUUUUUAUGUCUAUUAAACCUGAAUUUAAGUUUUUCUUCAAAACCUUCCUGAGCAAACAAUCUCUUCAGUUGUGCUUCAAUGGGAACCUCAAUGAAAUAGGAGGUUGACCCCUCCACCAACACAUUGGCUUCACAGGUUUUACACUGGGUGUCUGUACUCUCAACAAUCAUGAAGCAUGAGCUACAAUAUGUGUGCAAAAGCAGAGAGGAGGGAUCAUCAAAAAACUGUUUAAAUUUGUGUAAAUUUUUAAGACACUCAGUCUGUGUAUCAGAGGGGCAAUGCAGAGAUAUUAAUGUAAGCAAAUCACUGAGAGCUUUUCCUGUUAUUUUGUGUCUGUUUGCAAAAGUCAUUAUGAGGAGAAGACUCUCUGCAACAGAAAUUUGUGCAUUUCUGUACAGUGGAUGAUCUACAGUGUUUGUAGAGCUUUCAAGUUCUGUUCCCUCCUCUUGGUUAAGCUCAAAACUGUCUUCAAAUGAUAGGUCAUCAUCAAUUGAAAAGUCUUCAUCAAAUAACACAUUGUCAUCUAAAGUCCCUUUUUCAACAAAUUCAGGUAGGUGCUCAGGAAAUUUAUCCAUGUAAAUAGGCUGUUCAGGCUCUGAUUCAGCAUUAAGACCAGAGUGAUGCAUCUCACUUGUGUGUCCAUAGCACUGGGAUGAAUGGUUGGCGUAAUGGAUGUUACACACAUUUGUGUUUGAAGAAUCUUCCAAAUUAGCAGAUCUGGUCACUUGCUCUGUGCUGCAAUCAUCUGACCUCCAGUUUGUUGCUUCUAGAAAAAAAAAAUCAAUUGAUUAAUUUGCUUUUACUUGAUUGGUGAAUUUAUGGCUUAUUAGUCUCAACAGGUUUAUUUUUCAUUUUACUUAUGCUAAACACAUUACUAAUUACUAGACUAUUAAAGUGUUAUAAUAAAUCACCUGAGCUGUCAGUAAACCCUUGACAACCCAAGUGAGGUUAGAAGGUCUCACUUCAGUAACAGUGUUUUAUUGGACACAUUAACUUUUAUUUGAAUUAACGCUCCAGUCGAUCAAAAUUUAAAGCUUUGCAACAUGCGAUUUCCACAGAAUAUAUAAACUACAUGCCAUCUUGGAGACUGAAGGAAAUUGAGUUAGUUGUUUUACAUUUUUGCACAUGUUUUACCUCUAUUUUCCUGUCCUUGUGUGUCCUGCAGAAAACCGAGAAUGAUAAUACAUUAAGCAUAUUUAACACUCACAUGCAGAUUUAUAUGGCAUACCUAGGUUACAACAAUGCAGUAUAUACUGUAGGAAAUCCUGCUAUAAAUUCUCCCCUCUUGGGGAUUAAAAUAUUACAAUUUUAUUGGAUCUGUUUAAAAGAGGUGAUUAUUUACUUGGAUGGACAUUUUGAAAACUGUACUUUGUAGUGCUGUUGAACACUACUACAUAGGUCAGACAUGUUCUUAAUAUUUUGCUAAUUCCACAUAUAAAGGUGAUCUUAACAAACUGUCAUUUCAAACAAAUAUUUUAUUGUUAUAUAAAAUUAUUGAGGAACAUUGUCAGAACCAAUGGAGCUGAUGAAAUGUAGCUGAGUAAAGAACAUAGCAGCUAAAUGUUUUAUUUUUUAUUUUUAUAUAUAUAUAAAUUACCUGAAAGACACACUUCAGUAAAAGGGAAGUUGUUAAAAUAUGACUUUGGUAAAAGCUAGUUAUCCACAUGAAAAAGACUUUAGUAGAAGUAUUAAAGUAUACAGUAAAUCACAGUAAAUGUACUUCAGUUUCAAAAGUGUAAGUAAAUUACAUAAUAUUUAAAUGUAUGGGUUGGUUGAUCAUGUCCUUGCCAAUUAUCAGCUUUGUUAUUGACCUGAAUCAGUUAAGUCAUUCAUGUAAAUUAAUCUAAAAAUGUGCUGUUUUGACUCUGAAGUUUAAUGUAAUCUGUAAAGCAAAUGGAAACUAUACCGGUAGUUAUCAGAUAAAUGUAGUGUAGUAAACAUUAAAAUAUUAUUUUUCCCUAAAAUGUAGUGGAGUGGAAAUAUCAAGUGGCAAGUUAAGUACCAACACCUCAAAUGGUACGUAAAUACAGAACUUGGGUAAAUGUGCUUAUAAUCAAUCACUGCAGAUGACAAUAUAAAAACAAUAAAAUGUAAAUUUCCCAACCUUUCUUCUGUAUCUUUUGCAAGUAUUUUGCUGGCUCUUCACCUUUCUCCUCCAGCGUGAGUUGUACUUCUGCGCCAUUCUAUUUUUUUUAAAUAUAUGUAGCUCCAACUGUAUCAUACACAGACACACACACACACACACAAAUAUAGAAGAUGCUCUUCUUUGAUGAUGGCGGUAUAGACAGUGCAGACUAAUACACAGUGUUAAAUAGUGUUACACUUACCCCCCCUACUAUCAAAUAUAUCAGUAAUGGAUGAGCAAUAUUGACUGGUGUCGGGGGCUGCAGGGAAAAUAACCUGUGGUUGACAGAAAAAAAGGUACAGAUAGUUCAUAAAAGGGCACAAAAUAUAUGAAAUUUAUUCAGACUGAAAAGGGUCACAUUAAAUGAAUAAUUAUACACUCGUGCAACCUUUCCUAUUAAAUAGAAAUUGAUUAACAUAAAGUUAACUAAAUUAUGAUCAUAAUGAAAAUGAUCGCAGUUGUAACAUUCAUUAGCUGGUACAGAAUGCACAAGUGAAAACUCUUGGCAUGUGACAAUCACUUAUUAAUUUUACUAACCAUUUCAUUAUUAGGGUUUCGUAAGGUUAUUGUAGUAAAUGAAAACAAAAUUAUAUGACACUGAAAUAAUGUGUAAGAACUAUUUCAGUUAACUGAAAUAAAAAUAAAACUUGAUUUUUUAAAAUGUAAAAACAAAAAAUCAAAUCCUAAAAGAUAAUGUCUUGUACAUUUACAAAGCUUAAUUACAAAGAAAACACAAGUAAGUUUAUUAUAUUAUUAAAAAGUCGCUGUAUCCACUCACCGCUUAUAGAUGCUGCACCGGCACUUUUUUUUUUUUUUUUUUGAGCUUCAGUUGGCGCAAAAACACUGUGAACCUUGAACCUUGUAGAUGAUGCAGCCCCAACGUCAGCAUUAGAAGAGAGCGCCAUCAGUCACAAAUGCUGCAUCGUCAUUGGUUAAUUCACAUUGGAGGGGCGCUGCUGAAUCAACGAGGUUAAGGCGGCAAGGCGCGCGUUAGUUAACGUAUGGAGUUGCGGGCAUGGAGGAAAAAACAGUUGCAGGACUCAAAAGAAGAAUGAGUGCAGAAGGAACUAAUACAAAACUGCCCAGAAGAGCGCGAAACCCUCCGAAAAAGAUGAGUUUGUAUGAACCAGACCCCAGCUCCCCCAGAGAUAACCAAGAUGGACUUUUUGUAUUUUUGACCUUUGAAGAUGGAUACACAGCAAAGAUUUUUAAUCUCUGUGAUAUACUAAACAAAGAUGAUAAACCCAUCGCUUGCUUUAGAGAUCUGACACCAGGAGAAGAAGUACUUGCAAGAUGGUCUGACAAUAAGUUCUACAAAGCUACAGUAGACUUCACUGGAACAGCUGACAAAACGGUGGAUACCAAGAAGGCGACAAAGAAGGACAUGAAAAAAAGAGAUGCAGCUGCACAAAGAUUCUACAACCUUCCAUCCCUACCUCAAGCAGGCCAGUCCACCUCUGCACAGGAUCACCUAAAUACUGUGGACCAAAAUGUCAUUCAGCCUCCAACAACCUGGCCAGUGUACCAGCCUCCACCUACAGGGUCAUUUCUACCUGUCCAGCCACAGCACCAGCAUGCAACUGCCUGGCCACAGUACCAACUUCCAGUUUCCCAAUCAUCACCAAAUACGCCACAACAUUACCAGCAUUCAACAUUCCAGUCGCUCAACCAGUAUCGAACUACUCUGUCUGCAAUUCCACACAAUUCCAGCCUUUCGCAGUAUUCCAAGCAUCACCAGCCUCACACAGCACUACCCACACCUUCAGACCAAACACAACAGCAGCCUGUUUUGGCAGAUUUGGAUCAGCGAAGACAGCCACCAGCUCCUACAGCCAAAGAAAGCUUCCUCAAAAUGUUGUACAGUCCUAAUACACAUCAAAAACCUGCUGUUCUUGGGGACCAGAGCCAGACAAGCACCUCUGAACAUGAGACUUCAAGCUCAUCUGCAGAUGCUUUAAUCAUCGAGCGUGAUCCAAUUCCAGAAAGAGAACCAUGUUUCAUUUCGCCUGAGUCAGCAGAAGACAGAUCAUGGAAGCCAUGCGAAGCAUGCAAGACAGAGGUGGAAAAAUUAGUGGAGGAAAAGGCCAAACUGCAUGAUGUGCUGUGUGGUAUAAGUGGUGAGCACCUCGAGGCAUUCAGAAGUUUCCUGGACAAAGUGGAACAGAUCCAACCUCAGGCUGGUGUUUGGGCUCCAAAAGGCAGAUCUCGGCAGCAGGAGCUAUAUCCAGGAAGUGGCCUCUUCUUGUCCUCGACUCACCUGGCUGCAAUCCAUGCAACCGCAAAGAAGGACUGCCUUCGCUUGUUCCAUCUUCUUUUUGAUGAAUUCUUUACUGCAGAGGAGUGCCAGAAUGCUGUGGCAUUUGGGAAACAUGGAAAGGUGCCAGAUGGGAAGAGAGUCCUGGAUAAGUUCAAAGUCAAUGCAAUUCUAACUUAUGUCAUGCGCUGUAGUACACUGGAUGGUUGGACACCGGUUGAAAAAAGUAAGGUCAAGAAAGCCUUCAUAAACAAAUGCCGCAUCAGGGCCACAACACUGUAAAUAUUGGAUGGGGCACACAGAGACAUUUGUUGAAAUGACAAUGUUCACAAAAAGUACUUGUUUUCAAAUUAUGUAUAUUGGCGUCAGAGACUCAAGUUUAUUGUUGUGAAUUGUUGUAAACCUGGCCUGCCACUGCUCAUAACAUUGUUAAAAUUGUUGCUGUUUUAAAAACAGAAUUAAAAAAAAAAAAAAAAGCACUUUAGUUCAUAUUUUGUAAUGACCAUGUUUAAACAGUUUUUGCUGUCUUCAAAAUGUCUUUAAAUUUGUUAAGGUUAUUUUGAUAUAAAUAAAGAUUCAAAUUCAAA